AUGCAGGACGCCUGGACUGCUCGCAAAGCUGAGGAGAUCCAAGGAUACGCGGACCGCAACGAAUGGAAGAACUUCUUCUCCGCGAUCAAAGCUGUCUACGGUCCGCCGACGAAAGGCACUGCUCCUCUCCUCAGCGCCGACGGCAGCACCCUCCUGACUGAGAAGACGCAAAUCCUACAGCGAUGGGCCGAGCAUUUCCGAGGCGUCCUCAACCGCCAUUCCGCCAUAUCUGACGCCGCCAUCGCCCGCUUGCCGCAAGUGGCGACCAACGUGGACCUCGACCUCCCGCCAUCUCUCCAGGAAACGAUCAGAACCGUGCAGCAGCUCUCCAGCGGGAAAGCACCCGGAUCGGACGCAAUCCCUGCUGAGGUCUACAAGCACGGAGGUCCUCUACUGAUGGAUCAACUGACUGCGCUUUUCCAGGAGAUGUGGCGUCAAGGUGAAGUCCCGCAAGAUUUCAAAGACGCAACCAUCGUGCAUCUUUACAAGCGCAAAGGAAAUCGCCAAGUCUGCGACAAUCACCGUGGCAUCUCCUUGCUAAACAUCGCCGGGAAGAUCUUCGCUCGCAUCCUCCUCAAGCGCCUCAACAACCAUCUGGAACAGGGCCUUCUGCCGGAAAGCCAAUGCGGCUUCCGUCGUCAUCGUGGGACCACGGAUAUGAUCUUCGCAGCCCGCCAACUUCAGGAGAAGUGCCAGGAGAUGCGGACCCACCUGUACUCUACCUUCGUGGACCUGACGAAAGCCUUCGACACGGUGAAUCGUGAAGGACUGUGGAAGAUCAUGCAGAAAUUCGGCUGUCCGGAGCGAUUCACUCAGAUGGUGCGUCAGCUGCACGACAGUAUGAUGGCGCGCGUCACGGACAACGGAGCUGUCUCAGAGGCAUUCGCAGUGACCAACGGAGUGAAGCAGGGCCGCGUGCUGGCGCCAACCCUCUUCAGUCUCAUGUUCUCUGCCAUGCUGAUGGGCGCCUACCGCGACGAACGCCCCGGGAUCCGUAUCGCCUACAGGACGGACGGUCACCUGCUGAAUCAACGGCGGAUGCACUUCCAGUCGCGCGUAUCCACAACCACCGUCUACGAACUUCUCUUCGCCGACGACUGCGCCCUGAACACCACCUCGGAAGAGGAGAUGCAACGGAGCAUGGACCUAUUCUCCGCCGCCUGCGAGAACUUUGGGCUGGUUGUUAACACGCAGAAGAAGGUGGUGAUGCAUCAACCGCCACCCAACUCAGCCACAGCCACCAACGCGUCGCCGCAAAUCAGCGUGAAUGGGACCCAACUGCAAGUGGUGGAGAACUUCCCGUACCUGGGCAGUACCCUCUCCCACAACACCGAGAUCGAUGACGAAGUCGCCAACAUGAUCUCGAAAGCCAGUCAAGCCUUCGGUAGCCUCCAAAGCACAGUUUGGAAUCGUCACGGACUUCAUCUGAGCACGAAGCUAAAGAUGUACAAGGCCGUCAUUCUGCCGACGCUACUGUAUGGAGCGGAGACUUGGACGGUGUACACGAGGCAGGCACGCCGACUGAACCACUUCCACCUCAGUUGUCUUCGUCGCAUCCUAAGGCUUAACUGGCAGGAUCGAAUCCCCUACACUGAAGUACUGGAACGAACGGGAAUCGUCAGCAUCCACGCCAAACUAAGGCAAAUACAGCUGCGCUGGAGUGGCCACCUGGUGCGCAUGGACGACGAGCGACUACCCAAACGACUCUUCUACGGAGACGUCGCGACGGACUCUCGUCGUCAAGGAGGCCAAAUUCGCCGUUACAAGGAUACCCUGAAGUCCUCCCUGAAGCACCUGCAAAUCAACCCGACCAACUGGGUAGUGCUCGCUCGCGAUCCUUCGACAUGGAGGAGAGCGGUGAAGACGGGCGCUGCUAUCUACGAAGCCAACCGCAUCGCCGCCGCCAAAGUGAAACGCGAAGCCCGCAAAUCCCAACUUUGCCCAGUACGCAACGCCGCCGCACAACCGCUUCCAACGUGUCCUCGAUGUCAACGGACAUUCCGGGCACGAAUCGGACUUGUUGGACGUCUUCGAACCAACUGCACAUCUCGAACUGCUGCAGCCAUCGUCCCCCCGCCCGCCUCUUCCUCGUCCUCUCUUCCGCCAACUAACUCUGACACUCCUUCUGCACCACCACUUCUAUCCUCCUCCUUCUCCUCCUCUGCCCCAGCGGCGGCCGUUCAGACUGCCGUCUCACACAUUACCAACCCCGACACAAUAACCGCCACCACCCCCACCUCUCCCAGUUCAAGUGAUGAGGAUCAGGACUACACCUGCCCUCACUGCGACCGCACCUCCACAUCACGCAUCGGCCUGGUCGGUCACUUGCGAAUCCAUCGCACAGAGACCGGCGAACCAGUGCCUGGAGCACCAGCCUACAUCCGCCGCACUCGCCUCCACUGCCCACACUGCCCUCGCACCUUCACGCAUCGCAUGCGUCUAUUCGGCCACAUGCGCAUCCACGAGAGCGGAGUUGACCACAAUUGCGAUACAGCCACGACAUCCAACACAUCCACCACGCCCAGACCAAUCCUCGCUCCACCGUCACACGCGUCGACCACCGCCACCACCACCAACAUCACUGCUUCAUCUACAGCUGACACCGACACCGCCGACCUCUCAUGCCCACAUUGUCCACGCACCUUCACCUCACGCAUCGGCCUGGUCGGUCACUUACGAAUCCAUCGCACAGAGACUGGCGAACCAGUGCCUGGAGCACCAACCUACACCCACUGCACUCGCCUCCACUACCCACACUGA